AUGGGCGAAGAAAAGAAACCUUUAUUAGAUGCUUCUGGUGCUGAGCACGUUGAAGAUCCUACUGCAACUGCAAUUUUGAAAAGAAAACAAAAGCCAAACUCUUUAUUAGUUGAUGACGCUAUUAAUGAUGAUAACUCUGUUAUUGCAAUUAAUUCUAAUACUAUGGAUAAAUUAGAGCUAUUCCGUGGUGAUACAGUAUUGGUAAAAGGUAAAAAAAGAAGAGAUACAGUGUUGAUCGUUUUGAUCGAUGAUGAUUUGGAAGAUGGUGCUUGUAGAAUUAAUCGUGUAGUUAGAAAUAACUUACGUAUUAGACUGGGUGAUAUUGUAACCAUUCAUCCAUGUCCUGAUAUUAAAUACGCUACAAGAAUCUCUGUAUUGCCAAUUGCUGAUACCAUUGAAGGUAUCACUGGUAAUUUGUUCGAUGUCUUUUUAAAACCAUACUUUGUUGAAGCUUAUAGACCAGUUAGAAAAGGCGACCAUUUUGUAGUAAGAGGUGGUAUGAGACAAGUUGAAUUCAAAGUUGUAGAUGUUGAACCUGAUGAAUACGCUGUGGUUGCUCAAGAUACAAUUAUUCACUGGGAAGGUGAACCAAUUAACAGAGAAGAUGAGGAAAAUAAUUUAAACGAUGUUGGUUAUGAUGAUAUUGGUGGUUGCCGUAAACAAAUGGCUCAAAUCAGAGAAAUGGUUGAAUUGCCAUUGAGACACCCACAAUUAUUUAAAACUAUCGGUAUUAAACCACCAAGAGGUGUUCUAAUGUACGGUCCACCAGGUACAGGUAAAACUUUGAUGGCUAGAGCUGUUGCUAACGAAACUGGUGCAUUCUUCUUUUUGAUUAAUGGUCCAGAAGUUAUGUCUAAGAUGGCUGGUGAAUCUGAAUCUAACUUGAGAAAAGCUUUCGAAGAAGCUGAAAAAAAUGCACCAGCUAUUAUCUUUAUUGAUGAAAUCGAUUCUAUUGCUCCAAAAAGAGAUAAAACUAAUGGUGAAGUUGAAAGAAGAGUGGUUUCUCAAUUGUUGACAUUGAUGGAUGGUAUGAAGGCUAGAUCAAAUGUUGUUGUCAUUGCUGCAACCAACAGACCAAACUCUAUUGAUCCUGCUUUAAGAAGAUUUGGAAGAUUUGAUCGUGAAGUUGAUAUUGGUAUUCCAGAUGCUACUGGUAGAUUAGAAGUAUUACGUAUUCAUACUAAAAACAUGAAAUUAGUUGAUGAUGUCGAUUUGGAAUCUUUGGCAGCUGAAACUCAUGGUUAUGUCGGUGCUGAUAUUGCAUCUCUAUGUUCUGAAGCUGCUAUGCAACAAAUCCGUGAAAAGAUGGACUUGAUUGAUUUAGAGGAAGAUGAAAUUGAUGCAGAAGUGCUAGAUUCCCUAGGUGUUACUAUGGAUAACUUCAGAUUUGCAUUAGGUAACUCUAAUCCAUCUGCUUUACGUGAAACUGUUGUUGAAAGUGUCAACGUUACUUGGGAUGAUAUUGGUGGUUUGGAAGAUAUCAAAAACGAAUUGAAAGAAACUGUUGAAUACCCAGUUUUGCAUCCAGAUCAAUAUACUAAAUUUGGUUUAUCUCCAUCUAAAGGUGUUUUGUUUUACGGUCCACCAGGUACUGGUAAAACUUUAUUAGCCAAGGCAGUUGCUACUGAGGUAUCUGCAAAUUUUAUUUCUGUCAAAGGUCCUGAAUUAUUGAGUAUGUGGUAUGGUGAAUCUGAGUCUAAUAUUCGUGACAUUUUCGACAAGGCUAGAGCUGCUGCUCCAACAGUUGUUUUCUUGGAUGAAUUGGAUUCGAUUGCAAAGGCAAGAGGUGGUUCCUUAGGUGACGCUGGUGGUGCUUCUGAUAGAGUUGUCAACCAAUUAUUAACAGAAAUGGAUGGUAUGAAUGCUAAGAAGAACGUUUUCGUUAUUGGUGCUACAAACAGACCAGACCAAAUCGACCCGGCUAUUUUAAGACCAGGUAGAUUGGAUCAAUUGAUUUACGUUCCAUUACCAGAUGAACCUGCUAGAUUAUCAAUCUUGAACGCACAAUUGAGAAAGACCCCACUUGAACCUGGUUUAGAUUUAGGUGCCAUUGCUAAAACUACCCAAGGAUUUUCUGGUGCUGAUUUGUCGUAUAUUGUUCAAAGAGCUGCCAAAUUUGCCAUCAAGGAAUCUAUUGAGGCACAAAGGGUAAAAUCUGAAGAAGAUGUUGAAAUGGAUGACACUAAAGCUGAAAAGGUAAAAGAAGAAGAAGAAGUCGAUCCAGUUCCUUACAUCACCAGAGAACAUUUUGCAGAAGCUAUGAAAACUGCCAAACGUUCUGUUUCUGAUGCUGAAUUACGUCGUUACGAAGCAUAUUCACAACAAAUGAAAGCAUCAAGAGGCCAAUUCAGUAAUUUUAGCUUUAACGACUCAGCAUUGGGUUCCAACGCUAAUAAUUCAGGAAAUGCAGGAUCUGGCGCUGGUGCUGCAUUUGGUUCUAAUGAAGCAGAUGAUGAUGAUUUGUACAGUUAA